UUUUGGUUCCGGGUCCGUCGGUGAUGAAAUAACUAAUGAGAAAUUGGAUUUGCAAAGAUUUGCUUCUUAUUUGUGCAAACAUAGCAACUAAAGUUGAUCAUAUGAGCGUCGCCAUGGUGUCAAAGUAAGCUGGAGAGGCUUGCUUGCUAGCUAACUAGUCUCGACAAGUUUGAUACGGAUCAAGUCUUUGUUGGUUUAUACGAAAUGUGUUUGCUGCUCGGUGCAACCGGUGUUGGAAAAACUCUUCUCUUGAAACGUUUACAGAAGCUCAGUGUGAGAGAUGGCACAACUGAUUUAGGGGAACCCCCUGUUACUCUACCUACGGUGGGCACCAACCUGACAGACCUGACUCUGAAGAGGAAGAGGGUGACUGUGAGAGAGCUGGGAGGCUGUAUGAGUCCUAUCUGGCCCAGUUACUAUACGGACUGCUCCUCUGUCAUCUUCAUGGUGGACUCUGCUAACACCACCCAGAUCUCGUCGUCCUGUAUCCAGCUCCUGUCUGUCCUCUCUGCUGAACCUCUCCACACAGCCUCUGUCCUGGUUAUCUUCAACAAGAGGGACCUCCCUUGUACCAUGAGUCUCGUAGAGAUGAUGUCACUGUUCAGGAUGGAUGACAUCAUCGCCUCUGCCACCCAGCCAAUCACGACCGUGGAACUGAGCGCUCGUUCCGGCCAGGGACUCCAGGAGGUGUUGGGCUGGCUGGACUCCACCCUGACUGACUGACAAGAGUGAUGUCAUAGAAGCAUCUUCCUUCCAGGAAACAGUUCCUCAUUGCUGGUGCUUUCAAGACAACUGGGAACUCUGGGAAAAAAUACGAGGUCAAAUCAUGACGUCAGUGAUUUUCAGGUCAGAAAGUCGGUGCUGUAGGAGGCCCGAGUUCCCGAGUUGGAAUUUCAAGUUGGAUGACCGUAAAAAAAAUAACAGUUAUCUUGAACGCACUGAGUUCCCAGUUGCUU